GAGAGAGAGAGAGAGAGAGAGAGAUCACUGUGAGAGAGACCCAUUGAGAGAGAGAGAUGGCUAAGGGGAAUGGGAAUGGAAGCAGCAACAACAGCAGCAGAGGGAGGCCAUAUGGAUUGAUGUUGGUGAUGGCAUUUGGGGCAGCAUUGCUUGGGGUGAUGGUGCUUCACAAGCUCAGGGAGAGGCGCAUCUUCAACCUCCUCCUCAAAGAGAAAGAUACCGACCUCAUUUCUCUUCACCACCUUUUACAGAAGGAGAGAUACUACGCCAAAGAGUUGAAAAGGAAGAACGAAGAGAUGACAACGAAGCUAUACUCCAUUAGAACCCAAAAGAUGGAGCUUGACAGAAGAGUCUUGGAGUUGAAGUCCACCAUUGAUUCGCUUAAAGAGGAGCUACAAACCAUGGAGGCCGCACUUGAGGAGAAGCAGAGUGAAAUCAAAAUGCAGAGAGUGAACGUGGAGAAUGAGAAUCCUCAAGUGAUGGAAUUAUUAGAAAUCUUGAAGAAAAAGGAAGCUGAAGUUGAAGAUUUGAAACACCAUCUUGAAUACCCGGUUAAGGUCUCGUCGGUGAGCACUGAUGAUCCAUCAAAUCCAGCUGUAAAUCUAACCUUGUCUGAAAGUGUGGCAGGAAAAGGGAAAACAGAGGUGACUGAGACUACAGAAGAGUCUGAUCGAUUGCAAGAAUCCACCAUCUCUAACAAGGACAUUGAGAAAGAAAGGCCAAGUGAAGGUGGAAGUGGGAAUAAAUCCAUUCGUCUUAGACAGGGUGAGAACACAACAGAAGUAGAAGAUCAAAUAGGAAACGGAGAGGGAGAAACUGAUAGGAGAGAAAUGAUGAGCAAACAGCCAGAGAAUUUCAUGAACCCUCAAGACGGGAAUAUCAAAGGGGACACCGAAGAGGAGGGCCAAGGAAAGAAAGGUGAGAAUUUCAAAGAUGGUGAGGAAAGUAAUCUGGCAAAUGCAGCUGAGGCAAUUAGUGACACUAAUGGAAAAGAUGAUGGAAAUAUUGAAAACUCUGAACUCAAUGAGAGUCAGAAACUUCAUGCGCCUCCUACAGGUGGGAUGAAGUUGGAAAUGCAAGACAACUCUGACAACAGUGGAAGGUCUAGAAGAGUGAGAGGGAAGCAUGGCUUUAUUAGUGGCGAUAGACGUAAGAAAUCGAGAUUAAUUGCUAAGCACAGGAGGUUGGGGAACAGGGGAAAUUUUAAAACCAAUGGAGUGGGAAGUGUAGGAAGUGUGAGAAGUACAAGAUUCAGCAAAGAUGGUCAGAAUGGGUCUAUGGACAGUGGAGACUUAGAGGAAGCAGCUUCAAACAGGAGACUUAAAGUUAAAGGUGAUAGCAAACAGAGACUUGAAGUUGGAAAAUCAGAAGACCAUGAAGCCAUUAACAUGCAACAACAGAACCUAAACAACAGGGAUAUCAAGAAACCAGAAAAUAGUGCUGAACAAACGAAAUCUGCCGAUACACAGGACUUGCCAGCAGAUUUGGAAGUUGCAGAUGCAGAGGAACAAGAAAAAGAUGCAACUGAUGAUAAUGUCUUUGAUGAAUUAUCUGGUUCCAAUUUGGAAGAAGAUAAAGAAGAGUACAGGGAGGAAGUAGAUGAGUCUGAAUUUUAGCAGAUGUAACAAGUUCUUAAGACUUCAGUUUAAUCAGGAAGUGUUGGAUAUCUGCUUUUAUUGCUAGUUAUGUUUGGUUAGCAUGUUUAAGCCAGAGUGAACUGAAAUCUGGUGUAUUUAUUCUACAAACCCGGAUUUUCGCAUUUAACAUCCCUGAAUAGCCAAGAGAGUGAUUCAUUUGGUUUAAGA